GUUUAUAUAUUAUUAAAUGAAUCAGCUAUACUAUUCAUCGGAACUUGCAGUUCCAAGUGUCAAAAUGAAGGUUCUGUUUGUGUGCAUUGGGAACACCUGUCGCUCGCCAAUGGCCGAGGCUAUACUCAAGCAUUUAGUACUAAAGAGGAAUCUUGAGAAUUGGCAUGUCGAUAGCGCUGGUCUCAGGAAUUGGAAUGUGGGCAAAGAGCCCCAAGCACGAGGGCAACAAUUACUGAAGCAACAUGGUCUUAAGACCAAUCAUUUGGGUCGCAUGAUAACUGUCCAAGACUUUUAUGACUUUGAUUAUGUUUUUGCAAUGGACGACAGCAACCUGUUGGAACUUCAGCAAAUGGCAGCUGGGCUUAGUCCCAACCCUAAGUGCAAGAUUCAAUUGCUGGGAAGCUAUAUUGGACGCAAGGAGGAUGAGAUCAUUCAGGAUCCCUAUUUCAGUCAAGGCAUGGGAGGUUUUCACACUGCUUUUCUGCAAAUUCAAGAAAGCUGCGAGCGAUUUUUGCAGAACUUUGCAGAUAAUAAAUAAGAUAAUAAAUUAAAAAGAGUUUCUGCUUGGAAAUACAUUCAUCUUUUAGAAAAGCAGUGUCAUUUUAGGCAAAAUAUACUUUAUUUAAAUAAGGAUCCUGAAAUUCUAUAUGUUAAUUUUUUUUUAAUAAGAAAUAGCACACAAAAAUACCUUCA